AUGGACUUCAAGGGAAACCUGGACAGGGUCAGAAGGUCGAUCGUCGAAGCCAAGAGCAUGGGAGCGACAUACAGAGUGGGACCAGAGUUGGAAUUGCCUGGCUAUGGCUGUGAAGACCAUUUCUGCGAGCUGGACACUGUGGAGCACGCUUGGGAGUGUUUGAGGGAACUCUUACAUGAGGGCUACACUGACGGCAUUGUGUGUGAUAUUGGCAUGCCAGUCAUUCAUGCAGGGGUGCGAUACAACUGCCGUGUAUUCGUCUACAAUCAGAAAAUUGUCUUCAUUCAACCCAAGAGGGAGCUUGCCAACGAUGGCAAUUACAGGGAGGGACGGUAUUUCUCAGCCUGGCAGAGACCUGGCGAGGUUGACGAGCACUGGCUGCCACUCGAAAUAUCAGGUCUCACAGACCAAAAGACGUGCCCCUUUGGUGAUGCCAUCCUGGCUUUCAAUGAUGCAAUCAUUGCCAGCGAAACUUGUGAGGAGUUGUUCACUCCUAAUGCCCCCCACAUUGGUCUUUCGUUGGGUGGAGUGGAGGUGAUCAGCAAUGGGAGCGGCAGCCACCAUCAGUUGAGGAAACUGGACACGAGGCUGGACCUGAUCAUGAAUGCAACUGCUAAGUGUGGUGGUGUGUACCUUUACUCCAAUCAACGUGGUUGCGACGGUGGCCGGCUGUACUACGAUGGCUGCGCAUGCAUCGCUAUGAAUGGAAAAUUGCUUGCUCAGGGUAGCCAGUUCGGAUUGGACGAUGUGGAGGUCAUCACUGCCUGUGUGGACCUGGAUGAGGUUGUGUCCAUGCGUUGUGCUGUGAGCAGUGUGAGAGAUCAGGCUGCCCGCUGCAAGGCGCCCAUCAGCAUUCAUGUGGAUUUCUAUCUGUGCAACAGCCAUUCCAAAGCAAUAAGGACGACACAGCCGAUACAGCCAAGAAUACAUGCUCCUGAAGAGGAGCUGGCCUAUGGGCCAGCUUGCUGGUUGUGGGACUACUUGAGAAGGUCUGGGGCGUCGGGCUAUCUGCUUCCACUAUCGGGAGGUGCUGACAGCUCCUCCACAGCUGCCAUAGUGGGCUGCAUGUGUCAGAUGGUUGUCAAGGCAGUUGGAUCUGGCAAUCUCGAGGUGGAGGAGGAUGCCCGGAGGAUUGGCCAGUAUGGCCCUGGCGAGCCAAUCGAUAAUGCAAGGGAGUUAGCACAACGCAUUUUCACCACCCUGUACUUGGGGACAGUUAAUAGCUCUGAGGAGACACGAUUGAGGUCUAAGAUGCUGGCUGAACAAAUUGGCUCAUACCAUCUGCAGAUGCGAAUUGACAUGCUUGUGGAGGCUGUCGUGCGCCUCUUCACCAUGGUCACCAAUAAGACCCCGAGGUUUGUGACUGAUGGUGGCACGAGAGCAGAGAACCUGGCUCUUCAGAACAUCCAGGCUCGCCUCCGCAUGGUUGUGUCGUUUCUUUUCGCACAGCUUCUCCCGUGGGUGAGGGGCCGCAGUGGUUUCAUGCUGGUGUUGGGAUCGGCUAAUGUGGAUGAAGGGCUGAGGGGGUAUCUCACCAAAUACGACUGCAGCAGCGCCGAUAUCAACCCAAUCGGUGGGAUCAGUAAGCAGGACAUUCGGAGAUUCCUCCAGUGGGCUGCGGGGAACCUUGGGUACCCAGUUUUAGAGCAGGUCGAAGCGGCCCCACCCACUGCGGAGCUGGAGCCUCUGAGGGAUGGACAAAUAGCACAGACCGAUGAAGAAGACAUGGGGAUGACGUACGAGGAGCUGUCAAUGUUUGGACGCCUGCGCAAAAUAUCCCGCUGCGGCCCCGUUUCCAUGUUCCGCCAACUGCUGCAGCAGUGGUCGCACGCCUACCCGGCAGCCGCCAUCGCCGACAAGGUGAAGCACUUCUUCACGCACUAUGCGAUGAACCGCCACAAGGCGACGACCCUGACGCCUUCCUACCACGCGGAAAACUAUUCCCCCGACGACAACAGGUUCGACCACCGGCAGUUCCUGUACAACGUGCGAUGGCCGUGGCAAUUCAGCAGGAUCGAUGACGUGCUGGCCGAGCAGCCCAGCCCCGUGGAGGGAAGCUGGGAUUGCAGGAACGGCAUUGGCUCUGUCUCGGAGUCUUAG